GCUACACACAUACACGCAUAUCGAUAAGCUCAGCUGAUCGCGAUUCGCUAAUACCAAAGGAUUCAAUUAACGUUUGUCUCACCUAACUCUUACUCAUUUUAACAUUUAUUUCAACAUUCUUAUCGCGAAGCGCCAUACCCCCAUAGAACGGCGAAGAACUGUUCAUCAUGGAUAAUAAUAGCGCGACUUCUUCCUCGGCACUUGUUCGAAAGAGAAAUGACCUCGAGUUGAUGCCUCCUCCACCCCCUCCGAAGCGGAUCAAGAGGCCGAAGAAAGUCCUUGACGAGGAUAGCUACACGGAUGCGCUCUCCCAGAUCAUCGCCCGGGACUUUUUCCCCGGGCUCUUAGAAAGCGAAACACAACAGGAAUACUUGGAUGCGAUAGAGUCUAAGGAUCCAGCAUGGAUUUCGAGCGCGAGCCGGCGACUCCAGCAAGUCAUGACCCCGGGACAACGCAAUACAAGGAGAGGAACGUCAUUAGCCCCGGGCGCGCAGACCCCCCGAGGGUUUGUAGGUGAUACACCGGUAUCGGUCGCUACGGAGUCUACCGCAUCAAGCUUGAAGGAGAAGGACGAGAUCGAUACGAAUAUGAGUUUAGGAGCCUUCCAGGCCAGGUACACGAGCGAGGACAACGAGAGCUUUUACAAACUCUUAGACAAGCAAAAUUCGAAGAAGGCAGAGAAGUACGCGUGGUUAUGGACGGGGAACAAGUUGCCUUCCAAAAUGCAGAUAAAACAAAAGGAAGUCGAAGCGAAAUUACUGGAGUCGCGAAGUUUGACAGACGAUGGAUUCAAAAGGGACCGCCUGGCUAUCAAGGAUCGAGAGGAGAAACCUGCACAACCAGAUACGUGGAAGUCGUUGCCAAAUAACUCGCUGAUGUUUGUCCCCGAGGGCAUAGAGGAUUCUAUGGAGACAAGGGCGCAAAGAGCAGAGAACGAAUCGCGAGCUGCCCCGAAGGGUGUCAAUUAUGAGAAUACUAGGCUGCCAGGGCCGAAAGUUGGCGGCGACGAAUCUGUGCCAUCGUCUCCAUCGCUCUCCGCGGUCCGAGACGCUAUUGCGGGAAAGCGAAAAACGAGCGAGCUGAAUUCGACUGCCGUGGGAAGCGAAACGCCAAGAGUAAAUGGAUAUGCAUUUGUGGAUGAUGAGGAGCCAGUAUACGAACAGCCGGCGGCGCUGAAGAUCGAUCUUGGGCCCGGCGAUUCGACACCAAACCCGUUUAUCAUCAAGGAGCAGAGCAAGCGGGAGGCUCUCCAUCAUCGCAUGGUUGACCGGAUCUCACAGUCUAAGCGAACGUCUUCCAAGAUGGGCUUAACCGGAAAGGUUGAGAAGACACCCGUUCCGAAAUUCCCAAGCAGUCCACGUGUUACAGGUGGGCUGACGCCGGCAGCGCAACGGCUCUGGACGCAGAUUGGAGGAAGCGGUGGUGCUACGCCUCGAACGCCCUUCGGCCAAAGCACGCCGAUGAGGACGAAAAGCUCUAAGCUGAAGCAGGUGAUGAAAUAACGCGCAUGCGAGCGAGCAAGACACGAGUUAUGAUAGAAUUAUGAUACCCCAAGUAGAGAAUAAUACCUUACACACAUUAACUAUGCGUAAUACGCAACAUACCUAUUGCAAACAAUUUCAGUUCGAUCUGAUUUUCUUCUGAAUUUAGGACGAGGAAAAUUACG